UCCCGGCUACAGGAGCCGUGAGCAGCCCGCUGUUCAAACAGGAGACAUGGGGCCGAGGAGUCACGGCAGCCCGGAGCAGGAGCAGGAAGUCCCCCGCAGUUGAGGACCGGGACCGGAGCCUCCACUUUGUGCCUGUGGUUUUACUUCAUCCCCCGCUGGAAACAACCGGAGCACAACAACAACAACAACAACAAGUUUAAAUGACAGCUGAAGUUGUCCGGGCUUCUUUGAUACCACGGGCAGAGUGCCACACCUUCGUUUAGAGCUACAGCUCCUCGACAAAGCUGGCCAGAUGGGGUGCCGAUGCUGCAGGAUGAUAAAAAGCUACAUCUAUGACCCGUCUGAGGAGGUGGACGGGAGGAAGCCCGACUCCGCCGGCAACUCGCUCUACCAGCCCCACCACCUCCCAGGCCGGCCCCCCGGCAUCGACCCGCUGGGCCACCACGACAAGCAGAAGCAGGGCAUCCACAACCUGGCCUACAGCAAGUCCAACGACAGCACCCUGAGGCUGGAGGUGGACAACAACCACCUCAACCAGAGGCUGCACGCCGCGCCUCCACCCGCCAAGGAGCUGCACCAGCAGGCGAGUGGCCUGCCCGAGGACGGCGGCCUGUACAUCAUUCAGCCCGACGCUGUGGCACCCAGCUGGAUGUCCCACGAGAAAAGGCCGAGCCAGGUGCCGGUCUACCCCAACAUAACGGAGUACGAGAACCAAAGAGGCUACAGCGAGCGGGGACACCGAGAGACGAGGGACGAGUGGGACGCCUCCAUCAGCAAGUACGGGACUGGCAGUGAGAGCCUGUCAGCGGAUGAGAUCGAGGUGGACGAGGGCGUGGGGGGGACGCCAGACUACCCGUGCGACACCGGGGACGAGGGCAGCGUCCUAUCGGUGGACAUGCACACCAGCACCACCAGCCUGUCCUCAGUCGACACCAGGGACGAGCUCAGGCUCCGAAAGACUCCGGACGUUUCCACCAUGGAGAGCGGGAUCUCGGUGACGAAGUACGACGAGGAGGAGGAGGAGGAGGAGGAGGAGGAGGUGCACAGCGUCACAGACUCAAUGGUGGCGGAGGCCCUGGCCGCCCUGGAAGCCGCCACCGCCGGAGAGGACUUUGAUUGACAGACGACUCCGCCUCCUCUCCCUUAUUAUUGCGCUCUUGACUCCGAUUUAAAAAUGAGACUUGACGGAGCGAAAUAACCCCCUGGUGGUUCGAAUCAGAAACGAAUGAAGGAGAAACUCUGUUUACAAAUAAACAAACAGAUUUGUUUUUUAACUGGAAUUUUCUUUUUUUAUUGUGGUCACACUGAAGGAAGAUAAUAAUAAUAAUAAUAAUAAUAAUAACAAAGCCUUGUGAAGAGGGCAAUAAGCUGCGAGGUUUUUCAUGAAGCCACAAAUAAAGAGGCACCAGUGUGUAGACUGUGAAUUUCUUUCUCAAUCUCCACUGGUUUCAACACUCCACAGUUCUUCUAGGUCUGUGAACUCAGCCCCUUGCUCUGCUCGGACCACCAGUAAGAUGAAAGUCUCACUUUGGACCAUCGUUAUGCUAGCUGUUAGCAUUUAGCAUCAGUUUCUCCUGUGUUGAUUCACAGUUCUUCGCCGUGUCUUGCUCUCUUCAGGAAUCUCAAACUCAAACAGGAAAGGUCAUUAUUGCACUUUUUUCUUUUUUAUAUACUCGCCACCCGUGUUUAUGUUACCAUUUUAUCAUCUUUUUGUUAUUUAUGAUAUAUCUACACCCACGUCAUUUUUGAUUUAUUGUGACAGGACACUGAAACGCCUCGAUUGUAGCUUGAAUCCACUCGUGUGUCAGCUUUCAGAAUGUAAGAGAAUCGAUUAAAGUAGCAACUCGCAAAGUUAGGAGUUAGUUUAACACACUGUGCUCACAUUAUCAGACACACAACGCCGCACGUUGAUUUUUGUCAUGAUUUCCAUGCACAACACGUGUGUGAGACGUUUAAGGAGACGUAUGUAAGUUUCAGAUUUUCAACUUUGAGGCUUACUAGACCCUCGAAGCACGAAAGUCGCAAAAUCCUACAAGAAUCCAUCUUGACGGGCUUCGAGCUAUCAGCGGAACAUCUGGUUAACUGUGGUGAUGCUAGAGAGGAGCAAUCCGAUUGGUUCUGAGAUGGUUCAGUGUGACAAACCAUGUGACGCGUCAAAAUAUCAAAUCAGCCAGUGUUUUUAUAUUGCUAUUGGUCAGGAUUUGUGUUUCUACUCCGGCCUGUGACAUUAGUUCACCUCAGAUUUCGCUUACGUGCCUUUUAAUGAACUGAUAGAGGCCGGUCACUGCCGAGGACAUUGCAGGUAUGGCUUUUUAAUUUUUUUAUUUUUCAGUAUGUUUAAGGUAAAUUCGCUGUUUGCUCAUUGAAGUUCUGAAUCUGCUUCAGUGCAGCUCCCUUUAUCAGUCAACGUAUGCCUGCCAAAUCAUUUCUUAUUAUCACAUUUGUAUUGUAAAAUAAAGAGAUGUACUUUAAAAAAAACGUAAA